CUGUUGUAUAAUGCGGUGCGAUGGUGCAGUUGUUUAAAUUUCUAUUAAAAUCAACCAAAGCGCCGGCUCGAGCUCACUUUCGGCCCACCUUUCUGGACACUCUACGCUUAGCGGUGCGAGGCGGACAUGGCGGAAACGGAAUACCCAAGUAUGGAGGAGUCGGUGGACAGGGCGGCUGUGUCUAUUUUGUGGCCAAAGAGGGCCUGACGCUUCGUAAGGUGGUUCAGAGCUUAAAGGAUAAGCGGGUAGUCGCCUCCAGCGGCGAAGACAGUAGCAAGGCCAGUAUUUUCGGGCGACGAGGAGUUGACCAACGCAUUGAGGUGCCUGUAGGCGUCCAAGUCUAUGAUGAGCGACAAAAAUUAAUUGCCGACCUCAACGAGAACGAUGCCACCUGCAUUGUUGCCGGAGGAGGUGUGGGCGGAUGCACCGGCACCAAUUUCAUAGGCCGUCCCGGGGAAAAUAGAAUUGUCAACCUAGACCUAAAGCUCAUCGCGGACGUCGGACUUGUCGGCUUUCCUAACGCUGGCAAAAGCACGCUCCUUAAAGCAGUCUCCAAUGCAAAGCCGAAGAUAGCUGCUUAUCCGUUUACCACAAUUCGGCCUCAAAUCGGUACGAUAGAGUAUAAGGACCUGCGCUCCAUCACAGUGGCUGAUCUGCCCGGGCUCAUCGAAGGAGCCCACGCCAACUUUGGCAUGGGACACAAGUUCCUUAAGCACAUAGAACGGACACGACUAUUACUCUUCAUGGUCGACAUAUUCGGCUUCCAGCUGAGCCCACGACAUCCUCACCGAGAUUGUUUGGCCAACAUAUACGCACUGAAUAAGGAGCUAGAACUCUACGAUCCGUCCCUGUUGGAAAAGCCCAGUGUGUUGUUGCUAAACAAGAUGGACAAGGAAGGAGCACACGAGAUUUUAACCAAAAUUAAACCGACCAUUGACGACCUAGCCAGUGGGCUGGAUCAAUGCCCCGAGGAACUUCGACCCAAGCAGGUGCUUAAGUUCGAAAGUAUAGUCCCUAUAUCUGCUAUGAACUCCACGAAAGUGGUCCAGGUCAAGUCGCAGUUGAGGCGAACUCUAGUACGUCUAGCAGAGAAGCAGUUCGUGGUGGAUGGUGAGGAGAUCAAAGAGAAGCUCCAGCAGCGAGUAAGCGUGGUGGGGCCAAAAGUUACAUAGUUGAAUAAAUUACUUAAUAGUUA